AUGCCGGCAGAACAGCCAAUAGAUAUGUUAAAUGACACCUUGGCAGAGAUCGUUUACAGAACGAAGAAUAUGCCAAGGUUCAAAAGAUUGGCACGCAGUACGCACUUUGAUGUGAGAGAAGUUGAAGCUUUGUCAAUUAUCCAUCGUAAAUGCGUGCAAAUGCUGGGUCCGAUAAGUAGAUUAAUAUUUCGAAACAUUUUCCACGCUAGUUUGGAUUUCACAGAAAAUAUUCGUCACUUAUUGAUCGACAGAAUGUUUUCCGUCGUCGACAAACGAAAUGCUUUGCAGAUACACUCUGAACAAUGGAUCGAAGGUUUGUCGGUGAUUCUUCGCGGAACUUUAGACGAAAAAAUUCAUUUUGCUUAUAGAGUGUACGAUAACAUGAGAACUCACAAAUUAAAAAAGGAGCAUAUAUUUCCCAUGAUGCGCGGAUGUUUAAUUAAAUUGCAGAAUGAUGAAAACCCAGAAGAAGCCGUAAAGGACUUGAUAGAUUUGUUAAUAAAAAAGCUAGACGUGGAUCGCGAUGGCGCAGUAUCAGAGGAGGAUUUCAAAACCGCCGUAAAAGAGAGAAAUCAACUUCUUUUAGAAUGCAUGGGCCCAGUAUUUCCUUCGAGAGACGCACGUCACAUGUUCCUGACUACUUUUACAGAUCGUGUAGGAAGAUACUGA